GUGUUUUCUAAAUGCAGCUGUUUUGUCUUCAUGGUGGAUCUGAGUGAAGGUUGAUGAAGAUUGAUGAGGAAGCUUCUGAAGGUUCAUUCUGACUUUGUUUCUUCCUCCAGGGUGGAACAUGGUGGACAGCAGUGGCUGAAACCUGGUCUGAGGAAGUGGGCCUGUGAACUCACAGUGGACACAAACACAGUAAACACAAACCUCAAACUGUCUGACAACAACAGGAAGGUGACAGCAGUGAUGGAGAAGCAGCCUCAUCCUGAUCAUCCAGAGAGGUUUGACUGCAGGUCUCAGCUGCUGUGUAGACCUGGACUGACUGGUCGCUGCUACUGGGAGGUCGAGUGGAGUGGAGGAGUUGAGAUAUCAGUGACUUACAGAGGAAUCAGAAGGAAAGGAAAGACUGCUGACUGUGUGUUUGGAUGGAAUAAUCAGUCCUGGAGUCUGAGGUGCUCUGAUGUUGUUGGUUUCUCUGUCUGUCACAAUAACAGAAGAACAGACCUCCCCUCCUCCUCCUCCUCCUCCUCCUCUUCCUCCUCCUCUGUCUCUCACAGAGUUGCAGUGUAUGUGGACUGUCCUGCUGGCACUCUGUCCUUCUACAGAGUCUCCUCUGACACACUGAUCCACCUCCACACCUUCAACACCACAUUCACUCAACCUCUUUAUGCUGGAUUUCGGUUUGGGUUCUGGUCAUCAGGUUCCUCAGUGUCUCUGUGUUCAGUGUAGGAGGGAGAGUCUCCUCCUGUUAGAGAAACACACACACACACACACACACACACAGUUUGAAAUAACUUGAAAACAUUUUAAAUCUGUUUUCAUUCAGGUUUUGUAACAAAGAUUUUAGUUUGAUGUUUUCUGUACUUUACAAUCUGAACUGAUUUCUCACAUAAAUCAGCGUGUUUAUCCAAUAAAAUCAGGUUCCAGACUCUCA